AUGGUUGUUCGUACUCUAGUAUUAGUUGUGCUGUGUGUCAGCUUCACACUAGCUGAGCAGACCAUCUUCACAAAUGACGAGAUUUCGGAGCUGUUUAAAACGGCUCUCAACAGGUACAAGAAGUUCUCAGAACGUGGCAACAUACCAGCCCCCGGUGUGCCAUCGACUUUCACACGUCACAUAAUACAAGGCAAACUGAUGAAGCUGGACUACGUACUACAUGUAAUUGAUACACUGAAGCUCUACAAAGUGAUCGUGCCAGAUGAAUUUGUCGUCGAGCAAUCUCAACUCGCAGAUCUGAAGGGGGUAUUUCAAGAAACAGCUAAAGAAAUUUUACUUUUGGUCAAGGAAAUAGAGGUUACCCAACCGACGGGCACUCGCUUGAGAGUUUCCCUCAAGUGGCCUCAGAGCACUCCCUUCAAUAAACUCUAUGAGUUCGACUUUAGCUUCCCUAUUAUCUCUAAGUACCGCAAACCAGCCCCUAACAUCGUUUUAAGUCAACUAGAUAUCAUCACGGUGGUGACAGAAGCUUUUAAUCGUUUCAAAGAAUUCACCGAUUUUGUCAACCAGCUGGGUAAUGCAAAACCAUACUCUUUGUUCAAUUUUCAAAACGUAUUAAAGAUUCAAAACAACGACUUGCAAUUGUCCUACAUAAUCGAUGAUGCAGAGAAGAUAUUCACGGCUGAGGCACACGACAAGUUCCUUGUUAAAGAAUCAGAUUUUUCAAUAAUCGAAAAUGCACUGGAAACGCCUAAAAGUAGUAUGCCUGACUCUGGUACUAUUGGUGUAUCUCCUCGACUAGUUAAUGGUCAUAAGUUUGUGUAUAUUCACUGGAAGGCCCCCUCUAAUAACUAUGAGUUUCGAUUAUCCUUCCAUGUGGAUAGUGGGCACAAAUCCUCUCUCCUGCUGAAGCUGUUGGCUCAUCUUAUUCAUUAG